GGUGGCGGCAGCGCGGGCUCUUCCGGGCUCCGCAGCUUCCUGCCCAGCACCGCGCAGUCGCCUCCGCCGCGGGAGCCCGGGUGCAGGCCUUGCGCUGGUGCGGACCCGGGGUAGUCGCGCGCCCUGCGCCGCCCGCCUGCUAGCCCGCCCGAACUAUGCGCGCCGCGCCGCCGCCCGCUAGGCUGCUGCCGCGGCUGCUGUUGCUUGCGCUCCUGGCGGUGCCGGCCGCCCGCGCCCGCACAGCGGAGUCCGCCCCCGCCCCGCAGCCAGACCCCGAGCGCCAGGCGCGGCUGCCGCCCGGCCCGGAGCCCGGGAACACCACUCGGCCUGGGGUUGGGGUAGCGGGUGGCAGCAGCUCCAACAGUAGCGGUGACGCCUUGGUGACCCGCAUCUCCACCCUUCUCCGCGACCUGCCUACCCUGAAGGCUGCUGUGAUCGUGGCUUGCGCCUUCAGCGCCCUCCUCAUCGCCUGCCUGCUGCUGCGCGUCUUCAGGUCAGGAAAGAGGUUAAAGAAGACCCGCAAGUAUGAUAUCAUCACUACUCCAGCUGAGCGGGUGGAAAUGGCCCCUCUGAAUGAAGAAGAUGAUGAUGACGAGGACUCCACAGUAUUUGACAUCAAAUACAGGUAAAACCUGUUUUCCAGUGGGUUGGCAUACCGUGGAAAGAUGGUCAGCUGCGGCCUGGGCUGCGAAGGAUUUGGGAGCAGCUUCUCAUCCAUGGUGUUCAUCAUUCAUGAACCCUGGCUCCGUCAAAUGAACAUCAUUCAUGAAACCCUGACUCCGUCGUGUGUGUCCAGCAUCCACUCAGAAUGUCACCAUCAAGCUUGUUUCCAAGUCACCACACGGGGGUUGCCUCUGCUAGUUUUUGGGUGCCCUUUUAAAAUGUCACCCUUGUCCUGCCUCCUUUAAGAGUUUUUUUUUUUUUUUUUUUUUUUUUUUUGCCUUGCUAAGGCAAAGGGUAGAAACAUGUUGAAAAAUAUUCUUAAAGAAACUGUUGACAAUAGUGCAACCAUAAUUAGGAGGAUCAAGACUCUAACAAUGGCCUGAAGAGUCUUCUUCAGCUGCACAUUUGGAAUUCCUGCCAUUCUGCUCUCCUGAAUCGGUGGGCUACACAUCAGGCCCUUUGGCGAUCUUUUUGGCCUGGUUGGGCUCUGGUCGUAUUUUGGUGAGGGCUGUACGAAAUUUCAGGCUGGGAGUGCUUUGACGGGUUGGCCCCUGCUGGAAGUGUACCACUCAUGGCUCCUGCCCUGCCCCCACACCUUUAUUAAAAGGGUUCAGCAGAAAUAGGCCUGGCUAGUUCACAAAGAAUUUGAAUUUCAAUUAUCAGGGAAAAAAAAGUAUAUCUGUGUGUGUGUGGGGCAUGUGUGUAUGGACAUAUAAAACAAUUUCUCCUCUCAAGAGAAUGGAAAGCACUGGGCAGCUUUGGGUUAGUAAUUUUUUUUUUUAAUGCUUGUGUGUGUGUGUGUGUGUGUGUUCUCUGUCACAAUUCUACAUGGUUUGUCUAAGAAAUAAAAUUAAAAAUCACUGUGGUAAUUUAAAUGGUGAUUUGGCUGAGUCAAGUGAAGGAUGUGGUUAGGGCCUAUACUGGAAGUCAGUCUGGACUGGGAACCUUCUGGACCCAGGAGUUUAUUGCAGGAGGACCCCUCCCACAAGCUGGGUAGGGGCUCAGGUGGGUGGCUUCCCUGGGAGCUUUGUGAGGUGAUUUUACCCAGAGAUGCCCUGUGGAACAGGGCCUUGGGAGACCUCUCAGAUUGAUGGAAGCCUCCUGUUUCGCUCUCCUCCCAUAUUGAUGCAACCAGUAUGCUUCUGUUUCAAGCCUACUAGCAGUGCCUUUGGGACCCUGGGGUUCCAUUCUGUCUGAAAAGGUGGUGUUGAUUUUUUUAUCCCUUCUCUUCCUUGCUGGCACUGCCCCAAGGUGUGUAGGUUUGCCUGUCUGUGGUCCUGUUCCAUUGGCUGGGAUGGAAAUUCCCACCUUUCCCUGCUUGCCCCCAUUUUCAUCCUCUUCAGUUUCCUGAGAAGGGUUCUCCUGGUAGGAGGAGAUGGGCAAGGGCCUCUCUGACCCCAAGGCCCACCUAGGCGAGGGUGUGCUCCAUGGCCCUAGCUGUUAGCAGGCAUGCUGGUGGCUUAGAGGCGAGUCCUGGGAAGCCCACACGUGGGGCAGCUGCACCUGGCCCCGUCAUUUCACCUCCUUUGUUGAUGCUUCUCCCCUCCACCCUGUUUGUCAGAGGGGUGGGGCUGGAAGCAAACCAGCCAUGACUACUGUCUUUCCCCUCCACGGUGCGCUCAGGGCCAGAACAGUGACAGGAGGAAGCCGGGCCACCUCGCAGCUGUGCACCUUCUCAGCCUUUGAACUGGAACUGCCCAGCUCUCAUCCGUGGAGUCCUAUGACUACAACUCAAUCCUCCAGAAAAGCUGGAUUCUUCCGCCUUAUGUCUAAACCCCGCGCGGCUCUGCCCACCAGGUGCUUGCCACAGGUCCUGGCAGGAGCGGCCACAGACAAUGACCUUCCAAACCCUUGGUGGAACUUCAGCACUACAGGCGCUUAAAAUAAAGACCUUUUAG